GUGGUUAUUACAUGAAAAACGGCAACUAAGUCGUGCGAUAAUAGGUGUGGUUUGAUAAGUGAAACUGAUUCGUCGCGGCGGAGUGCCAUGAAUUUGAAAAAAAAAAUCAAAUAAAAUGUAAGCAGCAUUUAUCCACUCGUACAAAAUCGCAGAGAAAAAGGCACGGCAGUGGUGAUGUCAUUUUAAACAUUUUAUUAGCGUUGUUGGCACAUGUGAGUUGGUGUGUUUCUAUGUUGCAUACUGCAGCCGAUUGAACUUUUUUUUCGGCAUCUAUUGAAUCCGUUGAGUUGAGAGCCGCCCGUUGUACAGUCGGUAGUGCGUGAUUAAACCGAACGGUUGAUGAUUGAUUUCGUAGAAUGGCCGAGGCGAUCAUCUCCGACUGGAUUUCGGACUAUAACGCCCUGCAGGAUUCCGAGCUGCGAACUUUCGCCGCGCAACACGAAAAUGAUUAUGAGAUAUCUAAAGCACUCUAUACCAUCCUGAACGAGCGUGUCAAAUAUAAAGACCUUAUUUACCCAAUCUGCAAUCAGUUGUGCAAUAUCUACCGAUCGAACGAGAUUGAACUGCGGCGAUUUACGUUACAAUUUGUGCCGUUACUCAUCUAUUUGUAUUUGACGUCGGUAGCACAGGGCGACAAGCGUGGCUGUCGUCCGAUCGAAACGUUGUUAAUUUGCAUAUACAACAUUGAAGUUAGCUCGGACGAUGGCAGCCCUAAAGUGGUUUCUUUUCGCAUGCCGGUCCUGGCACAUGCGUCCAUGUAUCACGAGGAAAAAAGCCUCCACCCCAUAGAUUUGCGGCGCUGGGAAGAAAAUAGCAAUAAGGAAGUCAGCUGGGGACCUCUUCCCUCGGUAGAAUCGUUAAAUGCACAGAAUCGAUUGAAGGUGAUGACCGCUUUGUUGUUCACCUACAAUCAGCAGCUCAACCAAAUUCAUAAACCCGCCUUGUAUCAUCUGUGCAAGACCACCUCCCAGCUGGUUAACCAAGGCUUCUCGAAACCAGGUCACGUGCAGCGUGCCUCCUACGGAAAUGAUCCAACGUCUCCGCAGCAGGCCAACGCCACGAGUUCACCCGGAUCUCAGCUUCAAAAUUCAAUCACACUGUCCAGCAGUGUGAGUAGACCGCUUCCAAGAAUAGCCGUUAACUCACAGUUUCUUGUGGAACUCGCUCACGCCAACUAUUUUGCCAUGUUCAACGAAUUCGCGUCGGCUGCCAUCGAGGCCGUUAACGAUCUGCAUAAUCGGGCUUGCUAUGAGAUGUUGCCCGAAGUGAUAUUGGUUACGAACGCAAUACGGAAUUCUCUGCACGCGAAUCCCUCCGGUCAACCAUGUGAUGGUCCGAUGGGUAUUAGUGUAGCACUAACGCCCGCAACAACCACUGUGACGGUGUCCAAAUCCAUGAUUACCAAUGCAUCGUUCCGCACGAAAAAGCUACCAGACGAUCUGGAAGUAGAGUUUGUCAAAAGCCUUCAGUCGACGCAGCAGGAGAUGAUGGGCAAAUUGGCGGCUAUAGAUGCGGUGGAAACCGGGUCGGCAGUGGGAGUCAAUGGUGUAGUGAUCGGCUUAGCGGAGGAAGCCUCCGGUAACAACUCGAGACCAGAAGGCAAGAAAAAGGAGUCACGUAUAUGGAAAAACUGGGGCUGGAAGACGAAUGCGCCGGCUAGCAGCACACCCAAGCAGGCCAGCAUUGAAGAGGAGGGAGAUUCUCCCAAAAAAUCCCUUUCUUCGAAGCAUUCAAGCCCGGCUGAAUCGCCUAAACAUAAGUGGACUGGACCAAAGGGAGAGGAACAGUUAAACUCGAAUGGCAUAUCACCGGCUUCAUUGCGAAGGAAAAAAUUCCUCACCAGCAAAAAUCAGUCCCCCAUUGAUCGAACAGGGGUGCGAGCGAGCGCCGGAGCCCGAUUGUACGAAGAACUAGAUAGUCUGCAGGACUCCGAUGACGAACUGCAGGCGCUUAUUGUAAAUGGUCGCCCUGCCACUAUCCACCUGAUACAACCCUCUACAAUACCGGACGAUAUUCCCAUCCAGGGCCUCAAGGAGGAGAACGGCCAACUAAGCAGUAUUAACGAAGAGAAUGAAGCUGGCGAUGGUUCCAAAACUGCCACCGGUGCAGGAGCCGGUCCUGGCGGCGGUGGCGGUAAGGUAAAAGACUCCAAAACUCAUAAGGUGCUUGUUGGUUUCAAGAAGUUGAAAGAUAAAGAUAAGGAGAAGGAUGAUGGUAGUGGUGGCACGGGUGGAGUGGCAGGAAGUGGUAAGCAAGGUGGGGUGCUUGGUGCUGUGGGCGUGAAAAAGGCUUCGGGCGUUAAAGAGAAGCUGGCCGGAAAACAGUCGUUACAGAUGCAAACCGGCAACGUCGAGCUGGUUGAACCGGACAGAACCAGCCCGCUGACGAUGGCGAAACGUAAGAGUAGUAGCAUUGAUAUUAUGAUUGGAAGCGGCGGUGAGGUGAUUGGUUCCAAACAAUUGGCGCCGCUCUCCAAUGGGGGUGUUCUUAUAAGUACAGGAGGGGUGGGUGGAGCCGGUGACGAUAAAGUGUUGCUGGACAGCUUGGGCCCGGCAGAACGGAACGGAGGCAGCAAACCGCUGGAGGUGGGUGAGUCCUUCGAUUCCGGCAAUGAGACGAUCAUCAAUAACAAUAAUUCGGAGAAACCAGUGCUGGAUGUGAAGACGCAUAGCAGUAUACAAGUUAGUCAAGUUUAAGAAUCAGUUGCCCUGUAAUUUUUUUUGUCAGUUUUACAUUAUAUCUGUAGUUGGCUUUUUGGCGGUAUUUUAUUGUAUUUAAAAGAGGUGUAAAGCGUUUGAGAUAUAGUUGCUGGGGGGUUUUUGGUUAUUGCCUUUCUCAUCAACUUUUGAACUUUAGUAUGAGCAAAGCUGUUUCGAAAUCCGGCUUGAAUGUCUUUAGAUUGAAUUAUUAUCCCAGAAUUAUUAUUGAAUUAUUGAAUUAUUAUUAUUCAUCCCAGUUUUUGAGUAAACUUUGUGGCUACUCGUAAGAUCUGAGAACAAAAUAUAGUACGUGAUAUGAAUACGAACGAUGUUAUGGUUGGACGUUCAAAAUCAAUGUUCUCACAAUUGGAUGAUUGAAAACAACAAAACAACAAGUUAGCUACUGGUAUUCUGCAAUGAAAAGCAUCAGUUUCGGAUUUCGUUGCGUUGUUGCUUCAGCAUCCCCUGAUAGUGUAGCUCAUUCCUCAUUUUGAUUUCCUAAAUUAUUUGUUCUAGUUAUUUUAAGUUUUGUUCCAUUUUGUUGACCUGUUUUUAACUGUUGAUAUUACAUUUUAUUUUAUUGCUUUACUAUUGGCCAGUUCAAAUUGCAUGUUUUAGGUUAUUUAUCUGCGUUACAUUUGAAAUCUAAAAAAAAACUUCAAUCCAUUGCAUAUAGUUAGAAAUAUUAGUUUUGUACCAUGUCUCCACUCGUCUUCCACUGUUCAUUUCUAUCGUUAGGAAAAAUCCAUUAAUAACAGUAAGGGCACUGUUUCUUCAGACUGGUAUUGGUGACAGUGUAUGUCACUAUAAGAAAAUGAAUUGUGUUUAAUGCGGCUAUUACAUGAAUUGAUUAUCCCAUUCCAUUUCCAAAACCGCAGAUAUUUGUUUUCAAAUACUUACUUGACGUAAUCCGUUUUUUCUCAUAGCUGGAAUCCUUUUGCUUCGUUCAAAGAUAAAAAGGUUCACUUAAAUUUUAACAAAUGUUGGCACACAUGUUCGCCUCUCCGAACUAGGGGCACAGUUUUUAUAAUGAAACAUCAGAAUGGUUUAAAUAUAAUCUGAAUGAUUUAAAUGAAUUAUAUGUAGAUUUGUCUAUUGUCACCAUUUUUGUUUGUAACUGUCUAGAAUAUCCAUUCCGUCUGUCGUCCAUGAGUAAACAAUUGAUUAAUUCACUCUUUUUUGUCUACCGACCGUGGAUUAUGAAAUUCUAUCCAUGCCCUUGUGAUAGUUGAGAUAUAACUACAGUUUAGGAGUUCGACUAACGCAUUUUAGUCGUUUUGUUUCGAGAUAAGAGUUUCUAAUACAUUGUCGAGUAACGCUCACACAUUUGGUUUGAUUGUUUUUGCAUUCUGCAUUGAUUCUUUAUCACAAAUCUUUUUAUAAAACUUUUAAUUCUUGAAAAAUAUAUGAAAACUUGUCGUUGUAGCCCUAAUGUGUAACAUUCGAACUUUGUGCGUUUGAAUUCAAUGCCUCCUUCUACUGAAACGCUGCCUACAUAUUUUAGUUUUUGUAAUUUUUAAUCUGAAUUUAUUGUUACCGAGGCAGCUAAGUAAGAGCAAUACUGUAUAUUUAUUAUACAGUCCUGCCGAAAAGUGAAUUCAUGAACUCAAAGUUUUUGAUUUGAUGAAAGUAAUCCAGCAAACCCAGCAAAAACCUAUGCACAUUCAUAUUAAAUGCAGUUAAUAUGCAAAAUUUGAUUGAAUUUAUCCAAAGAAUGAAGCCCCUUAAUUUUGUGCUCAAUCACCAUCAAUGCAAUCAAUUUCAACACGUGCCAGUCCGCCGUAUUUCCUUGAGUAAAAUGUUGUUAGAAUGCUUCAUAGUUAGAUAGUUAGACGCUGCUAGCUAAUGAUCGAUAGGUCCAUUAGGCCGGUUCGUAGAGCGUGCUUGUGUGUCCACACUGAAAUGAUAUAAAUACACCGAUGAUAAUGGAACAAUCGCACCCAAAUGACAACCCGACUUAUCUUCUCUCACCACCAGCUCUGGCGGAUCUGAAAAUCAACACAGAGAGUUCGCAUUUGUGUUGAAUGGAAUUUUACGGAUCACUGCACCAAGUUUUGUAUGUCACACGGGCCGGCAUUAUUGGUUGUGUCAUGCUGAUGUAUUAAAUCUCGGUUUGCACUGACUGGUGCUAGGUCAGUUCAUCUACCUAGUCAAGGAUCAUACGAAUGUUUGUUUACGCCAAUGAUUCAGCAAAUUUUAUUUUCUGGCGCGUGUUCACCGGCUUUUCGGCAUCAUUCUAUCAGCGUUUUCAUCCGUCCCAGGUUGCCACAAAUCUUAUUUUGUAUGAACCUAUAACCGCAGUUGCAAAGUAUUCCACUUAUGAGUAAACGAUAAAGCUACAUUGAUGAUAAUUACCGUUUGUUGAUAAUUUUGGGUUUCAUGUUGUCAGUCGACAAGUUAAAAUUUCUCGGUGUCGUCCAUAUGAAUAGCUAAGCGUACUCUUAGUCUGAAAGCACUGUUUUCACUUCAAUGAAGCAAUACAGAUUUAAUCUUCUUAUAGUAAGAAUUCAGUUGCCAAAUGUUAGAAAACAAUGUUUAUAUGUGUCACUGAGGAAUAUAUCGAUUCGAGGUCCUAAUUAGCUAAGAUGUGAAGUUUUUCUCACCACGUCAGAAGACUUAAUCAAUAUGUAAUCACCAAUUGAAAACUAUAAAAUUGAACGAAACAGCAAAACUCAACAACAAAUCUUUUGGCGAAAAAGUAAUCGUAAGAUAUGAAACAGUUGUCAAAGUUUAGAGACAUGCGAAAUCAACCAAUCGUUAGUAGGGAAAGCCACAGCUGGGCAAAAAAAUAGCAUAUUCCACCGUUGACAAGUUAUUAUCGAUGAAUGUGACUGUUACUUGCAUUACAUAUUCAUAUUCUACAUAAGAAACCAACCAAAAAAACAAAUAUUCGAUCACAAUCACAUUGAAUAUACACACGUACGUACACAGGAUAGGAUCCAAACAUGAACGCUAAUUCAAUAGCUGGAACAAUGCAUUAUAUAGUCGGCCAACAAUUAAAUCAUACAAUCGAUCAAAAUACUAAAAACAUAAAUAUUGCAAAAUUUGAACCCCUAACAAAAAACAAACAGAAUACGAGUAAGUUUGACUGUAAUAUUUUACUUUCGGUGUAAAUACUUAACGUUCACGGUAACAAAAAACGGGAACGGGUGGGGUUGGGGUGUGAAUGAGUAAAAAGACAACGUGAAGAAGCAAAAAAAAAAGAAAUAUCGGACUGGUUAUCAAUACGUUAAGCCCUUCAUCGGAGCAUGGGUUCAGUGAGCUGUAGCAUACACAAUGGAUGAUACCUACCUAUUAUUAUUACUAUAUUUCACGGAAAGCAAAUUAAAAAUGUGUACAAUUAUAUAUAAAGAGAAAAUAUAUUACAGAGAUAAGAAAUAUAUCAUCGUUACG